AUGGAGAACACUCGGGUGUUUGUCAGUGGCCUUCCGCCUUCUUGCUCUAAUGAUCAGCUUCGCAAUCAUUUUGCAACUCGCUUUGCUGUCACAGAUGCCCAUGUCCUACCCAAGCGGCGGAUGGGCUUUGUCGGCUUCAAAAGCAAUGAAGUAGCCAAGGAAGCUGUCAGCUACUUCAACAGGACAUAUAUGAAAAUGUCCAAGAUCUCGGUAGAUCUUGCUCGACCGAUUGGUUCCAACCCCACAGAGCACGCCCAUCCUACACGGAAACGUGAUGCUGCGGAUGAUAUCUCACCGGAUAAUGGCCUCAAGCGUAAGAGGGAUGCCGACGCCAAGUCGCAGGACCCCAAGCUGCAAGAGUAUCUUGCUCUGAUGCAAAACUCGUCCAAGACCCGAACAUGGGCCAAUGAUGAUAGCACGGCCAUGGCCCAGGCGUCCGAGCAGCCCGAGGUUACAAUUAACAAGCCGACACAGGAUGACAACACAAAGGAGGAGUUUUCUUCGCAACCCAAGAAAGUUCGUGUACAAGAACCUGUCACUGAUGACAAUGCCGAGCAACCUCAGCCCAUGGAGGUGGACAAGAGUGGUGAGGAUGAGGAUAGAGACACAUCGGCGCAGGAGGACGCUGAGGUCGCGGAGGCCGCGGAGGCCGAAUCAGGUCCAGUAUCAGAUGCUGACUGGCUUCGCUCAAAGACAAGUCGUCUUCUUGGUCUUCUGGAUGAAGAUGAGCAAGCUGAAUUCGAGCAACACAAGGAUACCGAGCCAGCUGAAUCUCGCAGUCCCAGCAAGGAAGAAUCUCGCACGGCUGCCUUCGAGAAAGACGCGCCUCAAGUUGCAACUAACGAUGAGGAUUCGGUUGAAGAUGUAGUCGAGCCGACUCCUGAGCAGCCGGACACGAAUGUUGACCUAAUUCGUGAUUCGGCCCGCUUGUUCCUUAGGAACCUCGCCUAUGACACAACCGAUGCGGAUCUCCAGCCGCUUUUUGCUCCGUUUGGAAAACUCGAUGAGGUUCAUGUCGCUUUCGAUACUCGCACUGAGACAAGCAAAGGCUUCGCUUACAUUCAAUAUGCGAAUGCGGAUGCAGCCGUCGAGGCCUAUCGGGCUCUCGAUGGAAAGCAUUUCCAGGGCCGUCUCCUGCACGUUCUUCCAGCUGCCGCCAAGAAGACGUACAAGAUUGAUGAUAUUGAGCUGUCAAAGCUUCCCUUGAAAAAACAGAAGCAAAUUAAGCGCAAGAUGGGUGCUACGUCAUCAGCCUUUAGUUGGAAUUCUCUUUACAUGAAUGCCGAUGCUGUCAUGUCCUCAGUGGCAGAAAGACUUGGGGUGACCAAGGCAGAUUUACUGGACCCCACAUCUUCCGACGCAGCUGUCAAGCAAGCACAUGCUGAAACGCAUGUCAUUCAAGAAACAAAAGCCUACUUUGCAUCGAAUGGAGUGAAUAUUGAAGCUUUCAAGGGUCACGAGCGUGGAAACACCGCAAUCCUGGUCAAGAACUUUUCAUUCGGCGUAAAGUCCGCUGAGCUCAGGAGCUUGUUCGAACCAUAUGGUCAGAUCCUUCGGCUGCUUAUGCCACCAAGUGGGACCAUCGCUAUUGUCGAGUUCGCAAGGCCCGACCAGGCCCAAAGUGCGUUCAAGGGCCUUGCAUAUCGCAAGAUAGGUGACUCUAUCCUGUUUUUAGAGAAGGCGCCCAAAAACUUGUUCGAUGGCACGGCGACUGCGAUCACUCUUCCUGAGGCUCAAGUCAAGUCUCAAGGAUUUUCUACGUCCGACACCUUCGCGGCUGAAGAGGCUGAGACAGGCGUGACCUCAACCCUCUUCGUCAAGAACCUGAACUUCUCAACUACCAAUGAGAAGUUCCUAGAGACCUUCCGACCAUUGGAAGGCUUCGUUACCGGGCGCAUCAAGACCAAGCCCGACCCCAAGCGACCUGGGCAGACCCUCAGCAUGGGCUUCGGUUUUGCGGAAUUCAGGACUAAGGCUCAGGCUCAAGCAGCUCUUGCGGCUAUGAACGGCUACAAACUUGACCAGCACGAGCUUGUUAUCCGCGCCUCUCACAAGGCCAUGGAUGCCGCGGAGGAGCGGAGACGCGAAGAUACCGCCAAGAAAAUCGCGGCCAGACGGACGAAGAUCAUCAUCAAGAACUUGCCGUUCCAGACUACCAAGAAAGACAUCCGGUCCUUGUUCGGAGCCUACGGACAGCUCCGCUCCGUGCGUUUGCCUCAAAAGUUCGAUCGGUCAGCUCGCGGUUUUGGCUUUGCCGACUUUAUCAGCGCUCGCGAGGCGGAAAAUGCCAUGGACGCGUUGAAAAACACGCAUCUCCUGGGUCGCCGACUGGUGCUGGAAUUCGCGAACGAGGAGGCUGUCGAUCCCGAGGAGGAGAUCGCGAAGAUAGAGAAGAAGGUAGGGGAACAGGUGGACAGGGUCAAGCUCCAGCAGCUUACGGGCGGGGGGCGAAAGAAAUUCACUGUAGGGGGAGAGGAGGACGAAGCAUGA